CUUACCCAUCACAACCUCAACCAAAACUUCUUUAAAGCCGCCAGAACCGAGUCACGAAAUUGCGUUGGAAAAUCGUAAACUUCCAGCGCAAGGAAUCGUCGGGAAAUAUGAAAAACAGUUUCUGAAUUGUGCAAUUAUCGAACGAAAGCCGGUGCUCUGCAAAUUCUGCUGAUUGAGCUAAACAUAGAAAUGUGUAGUUCUCGGGAAGAGCACUGCCGAAAUUGAAGAGCCGCACAGCACACCCAGAACGACUGUGGAGUCGAUUAGUCCCCCACUAGGCGGCGGGAAAAAACGGGCCCUACCAAGCACCUCUAGUUGGCGCCCGGAAAAAUGGACGCUGCGAAGCGAUUGGGCGAUGUCGUGAGCAACGUGCAGAAUAACCUUACCAUGGCAACCGAAAGCGGUCUACGCGUGGUGCGCCAGUACUCCGACGAGGGACGUAGCAUGGCGAUGCGAGCCCUAAACGAAGCCCAAAGCGAGGCUGGACCAAUAAUGCGCAAUGCCUGGACCAACUUUUUACAAAUAGUUCAACGACUGAAAGCCACUGCCCGCAAUGUGCUCGAUCCAUCGGUGCUGAUCGAAGAGCUGCGUAUCAUAUUUCGUGAUGAAAUUGCCCGGAACAAUGCGUUUCUCGUUCUGAUCGGUCUCGGUUUCGGUACCACCGGUGGGUUUAUGCUGGGAAUGUGGAUCGCUCGACCGCACCUACCGACACCGAUUAUGAAAUCGAUCGCAUCCACCUCGUUCCGCGAUCCUGACAAUGUGGUCGUCUGCCAAACGGCCGUACCACAGUUUCAAUCGGCCUCCGAUAUACUGGUGCGUGUCCGGGCGGCUUCUCUUAAUCGAAUCGAUCGGCGUAUUGCGUUCGGAUACGGGCGAACCCUGAGAAGGUUGAUACGCUGUUACAAUAGCACGUACGAUCCGGAAUUGCCACUGGUACUGGGUCGCUCAUGUGCCGGUAUCGUCGAAGCAGUCGGAAAUGGGUCAAAGAGUGGUCUGGAGAUUGGUGACGAGGUGUGGCUUGCAACGCAAUGGUACGAACCCGGUGUUGCCUCGGAGUUUGUCGUCGUCCCCGAGACACGGGUUUCCCGGAAACCUUUCCUAAUUGGCUUCGAAGGAGCUGCCAGUUUGCCGUACAGUGGAUCAAUCGCUCUCAAUCUGCUCGAUUCCCAUCGUCUCAACGAGCACACGUGCAGUGGAAGAAGAAUUCUGGUGCAGGAUGCUUGCUCACCGGUCGGUUGUGUCAUUACCCAGUUGGCCCACAAAUGGGGAGCCCACGUUGCCGUCACUUGCCACACUCGUUCGGUUCCGGUGAUCAACAAUUUGGGUGCUGCCGACAUCAUCACCUUCGCGAACGAACACUUUCGCUCGAAUUUUAUCGACGUGAACGUGGACAAAUCGAACUUUAUCAACGAGCUGACGUCGCGGGAAAAGUUCCACUUUAUCUUUCUUACCACCCGGCUAGGGUACGAUUACAAAUUUAUGGAAAAGUUUCUCACCAAAGACGGCGUGAUCGUGGAUGCGGUCGAGCCGGAACUCUCCACCGAUGAUUACGGUGUUGUAGGUCGAUUCUUCCUGGGCACUUAUGUUCGCUUUCGUCGGGCCCUGGCUUUCCUCUGCCGGACCCACGUUGACUGGGGAGGACCACAUCUGUGCCAUCGAAUGCUGGAACGAUUGGCCGGUUUCGUGAACGAUGAAACGCUGAAAACCGUUGUGGAUAGAGUCUACACUCCGAGUGAGGUUGAACGAGCCCUAGAGCAUAUCUGCAGUGAAAAGAGCAUUGGCAGCACCAUCAUAACGUUCCGAUAGGAACCACCCGGUGGCGAAUGCCUGGAAUACAAUCAACCGUCAUAACGAGUCACCACCGACGACAGAACUAAGACUUGUGCAACGCCGUGGAGAGUUUUUGGGCUUUGCGUUGCCAUUUUGUAUACGCCGCUAGCGUGUCUGUUGAUCUUUUUUUUUUACUUUCGUUACUUUCGUUUUGUUUCACAUUUGCGCGGUAGAUUAGUUCUGUUUCUUUUUCAGUUUACGAAAAGAUGGUUAUGAAAUAAACGAAUCGAACUGACCAGUUUUCUCAACAAUAUGGAUAAAAUUAAGAAA